AUGAGGGUGCGAAGGUGGUCGAUCUCGGCGGCGUUGAGCGCCAAAGAGGCGAAACUGGCGGAGCUCCAUCUGGACCUCAACCUUCUCCCUCUGCUGGUCGCCAUGAGGCGCUCCUCCUCCAUCUCGCCCUACAUCAUCGUCGUGGAGCCCUCUACCGCCGCUAGGGCCUCCCACAGUGUCGCGGUCUCCUCCGCCUCCAUCCAUGUCGCCCCCUCUUCCUCUCUAUCCCCGCCCCUCUUCUCCCCCUACCCGCCCCCGCCAGUCUUCUCCCCGUCCAGCCUCCACUUCACGGAGUGCCGCCAUCAGACUGCCGCGGACGGGCUAGCCGGCCUGGCGUGCCUAGGGGCCGACCCGUAUAACCUCCGUGCCGUGCCUGGACCGGAAGGCUGCGUCGGUGGACUGGCCCGGCAUGGGCCGACUAAUAAUCGGGCCCACGCGUACCGCGCCACGUCUGACACGAUUGUGGUGGGCCCAGCCCGUUUGGCCAGGACUGAACCAGCCAACGUGGUUCAGUCAGAUCCAUCAAUCCUGGCCGUCUGUGGUCAGACCAAACGAACGGGAGGCCUCGUUCCCCUCUUCUGUAGCCUCGAUCCAGGUUGGAUCGGAGCAGCGUCGGCGAGCGCCACCACGAGCAACAGCAUCGCGGGAGAGCCCGAGCCAGUUCUCGCCGCCCAACCGUCGCCUCAAGCUCUGCCUCCUGCUUCGGCAAUGAAUCCAGCAGCAGCCGUCGCCCGCGGGUCGCACCUUCUCCCGUCCCCACGCCCACAAUCCCUAGAAGAGAGGAUCCUGCACGGCGAGCUCCUCGUCGAGCCUCGCCACGUAGCCAUCUUGAGGGUACACGUGCGCCAUGCACCUGCAGGAAUUGGGAACGGCUCCGUGCUCUGUUUCUAUGAGAGCUUGAUGCCGCACCUUGGAGGAUCCACGGGAGCGUCGUCCUCCUCAGAUCCGAAGCCUCAACUCUGGACCCCCGCCGUCUCCGUUGCUCCCUGGCCUCCCGCCCUGCAAGCCUUGCCGCCGCGUGCUGCAUCUAAUUGUGAGAUCCGCUUGAGUUCAAGGAAGAUGAAGCCUCGGCCAUCGCUUUAGUUUAAAUUUCGCAGCGCCCAUUGUUGGACACAAACACAGUUUCCGUGCAGUGGUUAAGCUCCAUCGGUUAACAUCCAGGCUGCGUUUAGAACGUUUUUUCUUUUGCUACCUUGUAAUAUUUUACACUUGUAUUAUAGAGUACUAGCCUACAAUCAAAAUACAUGUGUAUUUUUA